AUGGACCCGAACAACCUUCAGAACACCAUGAAUGGUGCUGGAGGGAAUGGUCAGCAGCAGCAGCAACCAGGAGCUCACUUCAAUAGUGUCCAGCCGAACUCAGGUGGCUUUGGUCAUCAGAUGACUCAACCUGGAAGUACAGGUAGCACUACCGCAGGACAGUACAAUCCAAUGCUGCUACAGCAGCAAUACCUGAACUUUGGGUUUCCAAUGGGAUACAAUAAUCCACAACCAGUGUCCCAACACAUAGCUCCAACAUCUCACCAAUUCCAACAAGUGCAACAAGCACAACACCAGCAGCCGACACAACAACCUUCUCAAGCUGCGAUGUUCGAGUCAUCGACACAUCAAAAACUGUAUGAAGCCCAGCGCCGUCAAAUAGAGCAACAACAGAAAGAGCAAGAAGAGUUGCGACGGAAACAAGAAGAAAUAAGAAGGAAACAAGAACAGGAGGAAGCGAAAAAGCGAGCAGAAGAAGCGAAGAAACAGCGAAUACUGGAAGAAAAACGCUUGGCAGAGGAGAUGCAACGACGGCGUGAACAAGCGGAACGGGAGAGGAUUGAAGAGAUCAAGCGACAAGAAGAGGCUGCAAGGUUGGAAGAAGAACGAAGGAAAGCUGAGGAGAAAGCUCGAUUCGAACGGGAACGAAUGCAGCGAUUUGCAGAAGAGCAAGCAAAGAGAGAUGAGGAAGCGGCGAAGCAGAGAAGUGGAAUGGAAGAAAGGUUCAGACAAGUUGUAGCACAACCAUUCACACUUGUUGGAACCCAUUUUGUUACUAAUUUUCUCGACAUGAUUCCGUUCCCGUAUGAGAGUAUGACAGACUCACAACUACCACACGUCUUCGACAUGAAACGAGAAGGAGCGAUUUUAGAUUCUAAAGAUCCUAUGAUGAUCGCCGCAAUUAGCAAAGCUUUGAAUGACACGGAAGUUGACGAUAUCAUCACACGAAUGGACAAGUUGAGACCUGAAGAUAAGGAGAAUAAUGACUUGUUCAUGGAUAAACUUCCACAGAUGAUUCGUGCCGUCGUGGAGCAUAGCACUAGUGCACUAGAUGUAGACUCACACAAUGAUUUGGAAUUGUUGGAAAACGAGGAUGUCAUGAUGACAGAAGAUAUCACAAGAGCUGCUGUAUCAGAGCCUAACACUUCUGGAUAUCACUAUCAUUCUAUUUCGAUGAAUACUCCAACCACAUCAACUAUGCAUAAUUCUAUGAACCAUGUGGAGAUUAGUGGGUCUGCUGCUGGUCCAUCUUCUGAUGUAGAGGUCGAAGCAGCACCGAUUUCAAUUGAAAAACGGCGUCAAAUGAUGUCUGUUGGCAAAGCUCCGAAAGCCGGCGGUGGUGGUAAACCCCAACGGAAAAAACAGAGGGAUAUCGAAAACCUUCAAGACUCAUUGACUGAAAACUGGAUACCGACCGAUACCGGAAGACGUGGCAGACGUCGUGGACGUGCUUCCGAAGACGACGAUGAGAUGCUUCAACGAGACCUAAAACUCAUUAAAGCCAUGGAGGACGGUGUGAAGUUGCCGCCAAGUGUCACCGGGUUCACCGCUGAUGAUGAAGCUGUAAGUCAAUUCUUCGAAACUAGAAAGAGAAAAAAGAAGGAUGACAAAGCGGUGCGAAGAGACAGAAGUCCGACACCAGAAGACGUCAUCGAAUCAAGAGAUGCCGAGUGGCAGGAGCGCCUUCGGUUGAAGCAAGAAAGAGAGAGCGCGAGAAAAGUGGACGAAGAGCAUCAAAACUCGUGGAGUUUGCAGUCGUUAGCUGAGAACGAGACAUAUAACAAGUUUUGUCAAACUGUUGAUGGUGUGCUCGAGCAAGGGGAAGGACUGGAUGCCGAGUUAACUUCGCCGAAAAAGAAGAAAAGAAGGUCGGAUGUAACAAGGGGAGAUGAGGUGUUAGAAGAGUCAGAGGAGGAGGAAGAACUUGAUGAAAUCGACCCAGAUCUUCGAAUCGAGCUUCAUGUGCUGGAAGAAUUGAGAAGAGGAUCCACUCGUCUUCGAGAGAACAGUGUGCUGCAGGCGUUGGGUGUUGAUCGGCUCACGAAACUUGUAAUCCUGCUAGAUAGAAAUAUCAGAGAUGCAAUAUCAGCUGACAACACACGCCUCCUCGUUCCGUGCAAUGAUGAAGUUGAUGUUGGUGACAUUUUCGAGAAGGAGAUUUGUGAGGAACGUGUCAAGCGAGCAACUGAUGCUGCUGUUGUUGUGUUAAACAUCAUGUCCAGUCACAAAAUGUUCAAGCAAGUCAUCAUUGAAGACGUCAUCGACAGAUGCAUCGGAUUAACACGAUUGCUGCUUAUCCAUCUGAUCUACCCAGCAUCGGAUAGUGUCUACAAAAUGGUGAAUUCCAAAAAGAAGGCGGCCGAUGACAACAAAAGACGGAAGAAGAUCGGAGUGUGCACACGUGACAGAUUCACCGAAUAUGUCUAUGAAAGGAUCACUGAAGUCGUUGGAUUGCUAGCUUUCAUCGCGAAGACCGACUCAAUGACAGAUACAUCUGUUCAUAAUAUCGCAUCCGUUGCCGUAACUCCGUUUUUUGUGGCAAACGUCGGAGCACUCCAAGUCUCGGCAAUGCUGCUCGCAUCGAAUGUAUUCUCACGGGCUGAAGACGCUCUUCGAUUCUCGAUGAUUACCGAUGUUCUCGCGUCACUUCACCGUGCUCCGCAAUACACACAGAAGAACACCAACAACGGAUACACACUUCCAGAUGGAUCUUGGAUCUCGAUGACAACUGCUCUCUUCAUUCAACUCGUUCAAUCGACUAUCAAAGUACCGAAGCACAAGAAAAACAUGGAUGAAGAGGAGGCAGCAAAACGAUCCAAGAAGGACGAGGCCGUAGUGAAAGAAUCAUUUUUACAAGCAUCCAAAGUCACAAACGCAUUCCUUAACGGAUUUCUUGCCAAGUGUUCACAGAAGGGUAACAAAAUGGAUGGCGAAGAAGAUUACCGUGUUCUGUUCUCCAACUUCCUUCAGGAACUUCUCUCUGCCUUGAAUUCUCCGGAAUGGCCAGCUGCUGAAACUAUUCUAACAGCUCUCGGAUCUUUGCUUGUCAAGAAUUUCAGAGCAAAAUCAACAGAAAUGACGAUUCGUCAGGCGUCACUCGAAUAUUUGGGAAGCAUCACAGCUAAACUGAGAAAGGGUCACGGAGAUGUUGAUUCCAAGGAAAGACUGGAUGCAGUUGUGAAGAAAGCGUUCUACUUGAUGGACGAUAAAGGAUAUGAAGAUUACGCGGACAUCGAUAUUUCUGAAUUAACUGGCAACGAUAAACUCAAAAUUCUAGAAAGCUCGCUCAUCGACUAUCUCGUUAUUUCCAACCCAUCAGACAUCAUCGUUUACGCAUGUACGUUCUACGUUGGUGAAUGGUACAAAGAGGUUGUAGAGGAUAUUGAAGUAGCACGAGACCAACACAAAGCGGUAACUCAAAAUACAGAAGCUACUGAGAAAGAUCUGCGUAAAUCUGAAAAGAAGUACGAGAGAUUGAGAAGGAGGGGCGCCGAAAUGAAGGAAUUUUUGUCGAAGAUGAUGGAAAAGAAAGAGAUCAAGCGACGAUUGGAGAAAUCGAACAGAGUGAAAAUUAUGGAUUCCGAUGUUAUAUGGGCAGUCAAACAUCUAGCAGCACAUAGAGAGCUUGCACAUUCAUUUGAAACUUAUUUGAAGCAUAUCGUGUUUGGUGCUGGAAGUGAAACUAUUGUUGCUCUCCGAACCAAAGCUCUGAAAUGUCUGAGUUCAAUUAUUGAGUCGGAUUCUGAUGUACUGGUCAUGGAAGAUGUUCGACAAGCUGUGCACUCCAGAAUGGUGGAUUCUCAUGCUCAAGUGCGAGAAGCCGCGGUAGAGCUCAUUGGACGGUUUGUGCUUUAUGACGAAAACUACGUUAGGAUGUACUACCCUCAAAUUGCCGAACGUAUACUCGAUACCGGAGUUGCCGUACGCAAAAGAGUGAUUCGCAUCAUGAGGGAAAUCUGCGAGCGGUUCCCCAACUUUGAAAUGAUACCCGACAUGCUUGCCAGAAUGAUUAGGCGUGUGACUGAUGAAGAAGGAGUCAAGAAGCUUGUGUAUGAAACUUUUUCAACCCUCUGGUUCCAUCCUGUCGAUCCACGUGUCAAUCCAGAUGGUGUUGCUACGAAAGUGACGACGAUGUGUAGUGUUGCACAGCAUUGUAUUAAGGACUCAAUGAACGACUAUUUGGAAAUGCUGAUUCUUCACAUCGUCAAAAACGGUUCAGAAGCUUCUGGAAUUUCCGUUGCCGUAAAACAAAUUAUCGACUCGCUUGUUGACCACAUCCUCAAUCUAGAAAUGAACAAAUCGAAAGACUCGUCCUCAGCGGAACUCGCCCAUUUAAAGCAACAAGAAGACAAGUACAUGGCUUAUCUCUCGACGCUCACCGUGCUCAGUAAGAUCCGACCCAAUUUGUUGGCCGGUCAUGUCGAGGUUCUCCUUCCAUACCUCACAUUCACCGGAGCCAAGACGAACACAGAGAAUCAAGUCACGAAAGAAAUGAUUGGGAUGCUGGAGAGAGUUAUCCCUCUUAUUUCAUACCCAAGUGCUGACAUUUUGAAUUCCAUCGAUGAGAACCUGUCGAAAGUGAUCCUUUAUAAUGGAAUGGCCAUGGUUGUAUCGGCUGUCUCAUGCAUCGCAGCAAUUUAUCAGAGAUUCCGUCAAGGUGCCACCCAGACGAUCGGCAUUUUCGGAACAUAUUUGAAAACAGUUGAGCUAACAAAGCGGAACUUGGAGAUAAAUCGUUCAUACAAUUUGGAUCCGAAAAUGUUUCCAAUACUGUCUCGGACGAUAUUCACGAUUGGUGUACUUUCUCGAUAUUUGCCAUUUGAGAAAUUCGUUACUGGCAACAAUGUGACCGAAAAAGAAAUCGAUGAGAUGAAAGAUCGUGUUUUCGUUGCACUUGAGUUUUUCUCUCGGGAUCAUCGUGCACCACUUCGGCAGAAGGCUCUGACAGCACUGGGACAUUUCUGUGCGGAACACUCUAGUUAUCUGACCAAGAAGCAGCUAACGACGACGUAUCUACAGAUUCUCAACUCGCCACAAGCAAUGCAACAACGAGUUCUGGUUCUUCAAAACCUGGAAAUGUUCCUACAAUGUGAAGAAAAUAAGUUAGCCGCCAGUCAUGACAAAUGGGAGGAAAACAAGGAUGCACAGAAUCUGAAAGAAAUGGAAUUGAGUGGAUCCGGUUUAGGAUCUUCUGUGAUUCAAAAAUACUGGAAAGCUGUACUCGAGUCCUACGUGGAUCCGGAUGUCCAACUGAGAAGAGCAUCUGUUCAAGUAGUAUGGCUCACGCUCAACCAAGGACUUGUCACUCCAGGAGCAUCGAUUCCAACUCUAAUCGCCAUGAUUACGGAUCCUGUCGAGACGAUCAGAAAUCGAAUCGAUAUCCUUCUCAAGGAAAUUGACUCGAAAUAUUCUGGAAUGGUGCAAAGUAAGGCGAUGCAAGGCGUUCGUCUGGCAUUCAAGCUACAUCAAAAACUGCACAUGCAUUCGAAAACCCACAAGUAUGUCAGAGGAUUCCGCUUCUGCGAUUUUCAUUGUAAGUUCAUAUUUUUUUUGAUUAAUCUUACUAAUCUUACACUGACUUUAGUGAACACCAAACCCGACGCUCUUCCCGAGAAAACACAUGAUGGAAUGGCAGUGCUUUCUGGACUAUAUCAAAGUCUUCGAACAAAUCGUCAGACAAGACGAUCGUUCAUUCAAAUGGUUGUCAAGCUGUUCAGUGAUGGUGAUUUUCGGGACGGCAAACCUCAACUAAUGGAGUACAUUUUCAUAGCUGAUAAUCUCGCAAUGUUCCCAUACCAGAUGGUCGAUGAGGUAUUGUUCGUCAUCCGUGUCAUUGAUCAGAACAUUGCUCAAUCUGGUCAGUCGCUGCUUGUACAGUACAAGAAUCAACUCAAUGUCCGAGAUGAUGAAGAUGAAGAUGUUGUGUUUGUGGACUACAACCUGUUCGCAAAACUGUCUCAAUUGAAUCGAACCGAAACAUUCCAAGAUCUCUUUGUCGAGUCGCAGAUUCCAUCACUUUUGCUGUAUGUGCGCACGUUCUUGAUGCAGCUUUACGGAUUCAAUGAGACGAAAGUAGCCGAGUACUCUCCAUCGGAGCCAGUCAAAGUGUACGAGAGGGCAGUGACUAGACGCAAUAUUGCCAUGUUCAAGCCAGUCAGUGCACUUGAAGCACUACAUUUACAUUACGAAUUCGGAUCGCAACAGCACAUUACGUUCCUUGCUGAUAAGAUAUGCUCGGUAAGGAAAACAAAAACAAUUUUAUUCCGCAAAAUGCUGUUGUCCUUGGAUCAGACGGAAAAUGUAGAUAUCGGAGACACGGUGAUCACUGCCAACCAAGGUGACGACUACGAUGACGAGGAAGAAGAUGAUGGAGGAGGUCCAUCUGCUGGUAUUCCCCCAGAAGUUGAUGCUAUGGAACAUUAA